UACUGUCGACGACUUUUUUAUAAAAUGGUUUUGAUUUAAAUAUUUACUUCCAUAACAAAUAUAAACACUAGCAUUUUGUAAAACUACAGUUGCUGUAAAAAUACAGGAAUAAAUAGAAAUUAUCUAUAGGUUCCGUAUCAAUUAUUUUUUAAGCUUGAAGCAAUUAUAUAACAGAAGGAUUUUUUGUGUAAGAAGACAUUGAAAUGUCAAACAAAUGUAAAGGAAAUUCUGUCACCGAGGAGAAGCGACCGUCGCAAUGGGAGGAGUUGAUGAGGAAGUUUAUUGAAGAGCACAAAGUAGAAUGCAAAGCGGUGUCAGUAGACAUCCCGAGGGUGACGCGCUCCGCCAAGGAGUUCCCGACAGGCUCCCGCUACGAGGGCACAUGGGACGUGCUCGGCAUGAGCGGCUACGGAAUAUACACCUUUCCCAACGGUGUAAUCUACGAGGGUGACUUUGAAGACGGUAUGUUCCACGGUCGCGGCGAGCUACGUUAUCCAUGCGGAGCUGUGUUGUACGGCAAAUGGACCCGCGGCGUGCUGGGAGAGAAGACGCUUGCAUUCGCCGAUGGCCUGGAAUAUGACGAAGACCUGUGGCCUUACUGUGUUAUGCCUGACAGAAGAUUUACCAUAGAACACAACAAGGGUUUGAAGCCGGCCGGAGAAUCGUACACGACUGCCGAUCAGCCGCCGCGUGAGAUACCGGAAGGAUACUAUGACACUGGAGACGGUUACUUCGAUCCAGAAACUAAAGUUGUCUUCAAAUAUGAUGACCUCAAUUCUAUUGUCAGAUAUCCAUGUGAACUGGAACAGAAAUGGGUCGUGGAGCAUUGCCGCACUAACCCGGAGUCUACAAUUGGUCCAAGAGAUGACCUUUACGAGGAGUGGCUCCUGCCCAUGACAUACGUACCUACCUUGCAGCCAUCAAUGUCCAUGUCUAUGGCCUCUUUCUCCUAUCGAUACAGCACGGAAUAUGGACAUGAUUCCGACUCUGAUCGCUACAGAGGCCACAUAUGGUUUUUAGGGGGAAAGUCUUUGCAAGAUGUUACUGCGAAACCAAGCGUCAGAUUCGCCUCAGUCUCCGCAAAAGAAUAACAAACAUAUUAUUGAUUUAUACAUUCGUUAUUUUCCUUUUGUAAAUGUUUACCUUUUAUAU